AGGCAAGGAGAGAAUUAGCUUAGUAAGGCAAAAGCCAGGCUGACAGUUAUGGAUCAACCCUGGUUCAGAGGUAACAGAACCUGGCCUGAAUGGUUAAGGUCCUCUCUGGAGCCUCAGGGUCAGUUCAUUGAUACAUGUCCCCUGUUCCUGUUUCCUGAUUGCUAUUGCUAAACUACCCAAGACUGACUCUGGCUCCUGACCCCAGCUUCUGGAUCACCGUUUAUUCUUACUCGUCGCCUACCCUGACUACAGGAUUAAACAGACUUGAACAUAAGAAAAUGUCAGACAGUCCCUUUAUUAAUAGCAACGGCGACUCUGAUCUUUGGGCAUCUCACAACAAGAUGGGGCUGGAACCUCUUGAGAUUAAUGACCCUGAGGUGUAUGAGAUUAUCCGAAAGGAGAAGCACAGGCAGCGGUAUGGCCUAGAGCUGAUUGCGUCAGAGAACUUUGCAAGCUGUGCAGUUCUACAGGCUCUGGGCUCAUGCUUGAAUAACAAGUACUCAAAAUGCUACCCAAGGUACUAUGGCGGCACAGAGUUGUUGGAUGGGAUGGAAAUGCUUUGCCAAAAGAGAGCUCUGGAGGUGUAUGGGUUGGACCCACAGAAAUGGGGUGUUAAUGUACGGCCAUACUCAGGUUCCCCUGCUAACUUUGCUGUAUACACGGCCCUUGUUGAGCCACAUGGAAGAAUUAUGGGACUGGACUUGCCAGAUGGUGGUCACCUGACCCAUGGGUUUAUGACAGACAAGAAGAAAAUAUCUGCCACAUCUAUCUUUUUUGAGUCCAUGCCAUAUAAGGUGAACCCUGAUACCGGGUACAUUGAUUAUGACAGACUAGAGGAAAAUGCUCGAUUAUUUCAUCCAAAGUUGAUAAUUGCUGGUGUAAGCUGCUAUUCCCGUAAUUUGGACUAUGCACGGAUGCGCCAUAUUGCUGAUGAGAAUAACGCAUUCCUUAUGGGAGACAUGGCUCAUAUCAGUGGACUAGUGGCAGCUGGUGUGGUUCCCUCUCCCUUUGAUCACUGCGAUAUUGUUUCUACCACAACACACAAAACACUACGUGGCUGUCGAGCUGGAAUGAUCUUCUAUCGUAAAGGAGUCAGAAGUGUGGAUCCAAAUACCGGGAAAGAAAUACUUUACAACCUGGAAAACCUAAUUAACGAGGCUGUAUUUCCUGGUCUGCAGGGUGGGCCGCAUAACAAUGCCAUUGCAGGUGUUACUGUCGCACUGAAGCAGGCCCUGAGUCCAGAAUUUAAGAUAUACCAGAAACAGGUUCUUGCCAACUGCCGAGCAUUAUCUGCAGAACUAGAGGCACUUGGGUACCACGUUGUUACAGGAGGUUCAGACAAUCACAUGAUUCUUGUUGAUCUUCGGUCAAAGAGCACAGAUGGAGUCCGAGCAGAGACGGUGCUUGAAGCUUGUUCUAUUGAUUGCAACAAGCACACCUGUCCAGGGGACAAGAGUGCCUUGGUACCUAGUGGCCUCCGUCUGGGAACUCCAGCUCUUACUUCUCGAGGAUUCCUGGAAGACAACAUCAAGAAAGUAGCGCAGUAUAUUCACAGGGGCAUUGAGCUUACUUUGGAGAUUCAGAAUGAUAUGAACCCAAAAGCUACACUGAAAGAAUUCAAGGACAAGCUGGCUUCUGAUGACAAACACCAAGAGAAGAUAAAAGCCUUGCGAGAAGAAGUUGAACAAUUUGCUGUUAUCGAAGUCCGGACAUCCAUCCUCAUCCAAGCGGCAAGAAGUCUUCAUCCAUGCGGCCUCUUUGAUCUUCAUCCAGCCAGCGAAGUCCUCAUCCAAGCGGCAAGAAGUCUUCAUCCAGAUGGCAUCUUCUAUCUUCAUCCAUCUGACGCGGAGCGGGUCUAUCUUCAAGACAUCCAGUGUGGAGUAUACUCUUCAAACGGUCGUCGCUGGAAAAUGAAGGUUCCAAGAUGGCGUCCCUUACAUUCCUAUUGGCUGACAGAUUUCUAUCAGCCAAUAGGAAUUAAAGGGGAAAAAAUCCUAUUGGCUGUUGCAAUCAGCCAAUAGGAUUCAGCUUUCAUCCUAUUGGCUGAUUGACUUAUCUGGUCAACAUAUAUGGGACUUUUUAAUACUACUGAAGAUGUGUAUAUUAAUACCAAACAUGAGUAUAUUUCACUUAUAAUAUACUAUUUAUAGUAUAUUUUGACUUGAUUUGUUUAUCAGUUCAUUUAAUAUACUGGUAUAUAUUGCAUUUCCCAGUCACCAUCUUAUAUCAUAUAUGUAAUUGGAAGUGAACUCUGCAGUAACUAAUUAUUAGAUAAUUUUUAUUGGAUUGUCAUUUCCUAUCAAUAUAAAUAUACUCCAUAUUUAGUACAUAUCUUGCUUAGUGUAUAAAACAUAUGAUAUAAUUUACAGCACCAAUUACACAUGCAUUUAUCAGAUCUGAAAAACAAGGAAGAUGUUAUUUAUUCUGAAGUAGGCUGGUUAAACAUUUUAAAUUCACCAAUGUAGCUACCAACUCAAUACAGCAGAUACUUAUCUAAUAUGUUACUGUUAGGCAUUUCUCUCAGGGCCAUUUAUUUAUAAAUAUGUUAUUAUUUAUACAAUCUGAGUAUAAAUGAAAUAUUUGAAAAUUUGUCUAACAAUAUAUUUAAACAAUACUGAGGUAUACCAUAACUGAAAAUGUUACUAUAUGACUUAAAAACAAAUAAUUAAGCUAUUAAAGUUUCAAUCUUAUGCUUUCAAAUUACACAA